UAGAAGGGGCUGCUCAUAUCACACCCUCUAGAUGACUGAGGCAAAAAAAAAAAAAAAAAAAAGAAAGAAAGAAAGAAAGAAAGAAAGAAAGAAAGAAAGAAAGGGAGCUGAGCUGCGUUGAGGUGAAUGCUUGCUUAUCGAUGGCUGCUGUUGCAGGGGAAUAAUGCCUACAUUUUCCCAGGGAUAGGGCUGGGGUGCAUCAUAUCAACGACCAGACGUCUCCGAGACGAAAUGUUUAUAGCGGCAGCUGAGGCCCUUGCGGAGCAGGUGACCGAUGCCGACCGCAAAGUGGGGAGAAUCUACCCCCCUUUCUCAAAAAUAAGGACGAUAUCAGCGCAUAUUGCGAAAGCAGUGGCAGUGAAGUCGUAUGAGCUAGGUCUUGCGGCAAAAUGGCCUCGCCCGGACAAUCUUCUGGCUUUAGCGAAAUCAUCGAUGUACAAUCCCAGAUAUCGGCCAAUUCGAUGACAACUCUGCAUUUGUAUAUGCUGUUCAUGCUCUCUGAUGCAAAAGAGUAGUUGUAUUGUCUCUCUUCCACAAUCUUGCAAACACCAUCCAUCUUCUGGCCUUUCUAUCCAUUGCGCAUUCCAGCAGUCAUUAGUUUGUGUUGACGUCUAAUGGUAUACUAGCAACUUUGAACUUGGAAGGCAUUUUCUCCAACGGUCCACGUCUUAUGACAGAAAUGCGUGCGGCAGAUCGGUGAAAUGAUUGUCGUCUAUUAUUACGUGCGGGAUCUUGGCAGGCAAUGGAGACAGCAGAAGGGGAGAGGRGGGGGGGGGGGAGGAGGGGCGAAGAAAGGAACAGAAUUUGAGACCGAAAUCCUAUGUGGAAGUGAGCUGCAGCUAUCGCCGGAAUAGUUAUGGGAAGGAGAGGACCAGUGUCAGGAAACACAACACACGGCAUUUGAGGAGACAGGAGUGCGAUGUCUUUCUGAACCUUUUGUUGAUUCGAGAUUCGAGAAUCGAUUUCGCAGAUUUACAGGAUCCAUUCGACAGAUAUUUUGGUUCGAUCGAGUUUGAUGACGUUAGUUUCCGGCUAUUCAGCUGAGUGGCCGGCAAAAAAAUCGAGAGAGCUAGUAGUCAUCUGGAUCGGAUUUGUGCGAAUAGAAAGCCUUGACAUUCGUGCUGGAUAUGGACUGAAUGUUGCACCAAAUACAGUCACAAUGAACGGGCGUUCUUUGGGCGAGUCUGGAAUUCUCGGGGAUUACUGGAUCCCUGAGAAAACAUUUUUGAAAUUGCAAGCGGAGGUAACAACGAAAAAUAUUUGUAGCGGGUCGUCUUUUUUUCCCCCUGACUUUUGGAGCUCUGUCAUGUUGUUGUUUGCUUUGGGAAUACUGGCAUUGAUAGUGACAGGACAAAAAAGAGAAGAAAAGAAGAGAGAGAGAGAGAGAGAGAGAGAGAGAGAGAGAGAGAGAGAGAGAGAGAGAGAGAGAGAGAGAGAGNAAAGAGAGAGAGAGAGAGAGAGAGAGAGAGAGAGAGAGAGAGAGAGAGAGAGAGAGAGAGAGAGAGAGGUGCGAAAGCCAUGGAAUGGACUCUGACGUAGAUGGAAUCGGUAGUGUGGACUUUGAAUGUCCAGCAGUGCCUAGAAGAGAGAGAGAGAGAGAGAGAGAGAGAGAGAGAGAGAGAGAGGAGCAAAAGGUAGGGAAUAGACUGUGAUGGAGAUGGAAACUGUAGUUUGGACUUCGAAUGUCCAGCAGUGCCUUUGAAUGAAUGCUGUUUUAAACCGCAAGUACACGGCCCCAGCCUUGCAGAAAGUUUUUUUGUCGCCACAAGCAAAACUCGGAGGGGCUGCGCGGCGUGGGGCUCUGUUCAAAAAAAAAUUGGCGCCCUCCGAGGUGGUGCGGGUUUCGUGCUGACACCCGCGGGCCGAUGUGUGGUGUACUGGUGCUUUAAUAUCAGGAGUUGUUGUUGUUUUCAUUUUCUGCCGAUCCUCACGAUUCCUCAGUGAUCUUAUGCUAAUAGUGCCCAUGAUUGGAGGUAGAUGCAUUGAAUUCUGAACUUGAUUGUUAGCAUCUGCUCUAAUCUUCAGAGUCAACACACUUGGCAGCAAUCUUCCUGAUCCCAACAAGUUUUGCUAUUGCCCUUUUGAUCU